AUGGAGCCCCUCACCAUGAAAGCCUACUUGAUGCACAAGGAGGACGCGGCGCCGGAGAUGCGCCGCUUCACCAUGGAGCCGCUCGACGGCCCGGGCCGCUGCGACCAGCUGCCCCGACGUGUCGCCGAAGUGUUUCUGGCGCUGCGGCCCGCCGGCUUCCAGGCGUACUACAGAGAUGAAGAUGGGGACCUGAUAGCCUUCUCCAGCGAUGAUGAGCUGAGCAUGGGGAUGCGCUACAUUAAAGACGACCUCUUCCGCAUUUACAUUAAAGAAAAGAAGGAAUGUAAGCGGGAGCAUCGGGACCAUAGUCCCCCCUGUGCCCAGGAGAUUCCCAUGGACAUGGUGCAUCCCAACGUAAUUUGUGAUGGCUGCAAUGGGCCAGUGGUGGGUAGUCGCUUCAAGUGUACCAUCUGCCCUGACUAUGACCUCUACAGCACUUGCGAGGGCAAAGGUCUUCAUAAAGAGCAUAACACGAUUGUCUUUCAGAAUCCCUUCAACCCCCACCUGCCUGAGUGGAUUUCCCGCCGACGUUGGUUUCAGAAGAUGAGACAUGGGCCUUUCCCCCCUUUUGGGUGGAUGACAGGCUGGGUAUUCCCUCCUCACAUGCAUCAUCAUCCUCCACAGGCAGAAGCUAAUGGGACUCCCCCCAAUCCAGGAGCAGAACAAGCUAGUACCAGUUUACAGCAGGAUCCCAAUGUUACCUUCCCGAAUGUAGGUGAAAGUGUGGCAGCUGCCCUUAGCCCUCUGGGUAUUGCUGUUGACAUCGAUGUGGAGCACGGUGGAAAAAGAAGCAAGGUGACUCCACCCUUUUCCCAGUCCAACGGUGAGGACAAGGGCAGCCCUCAGCCAGGCACCUCCUCGUCCAGCCGGAGCCAAGCCGAGCCAAGGUUUUUCACUACAAAUUAUGCAGAAGUUUUCCAUGGCCUGUAUAUUAAAUCAAAUAUGUAA